CUGAUGAAUCUUAACCAAAGCGAUUACUGCCUUGGGUUUUCCUGUCCUGAGAGAUCUGUAUCUACUGCACUGUAUGUGUUCUCAUAUGUGUCUACAGCAGCUGUUGUUUUUCUAACAGUGUGUGGAAACCUUCUCAUCAUCAUCUCUGUAUGUCACUUCAAGCAGCUCCACACACCAACUAACAUGCUCAUCCUCUCUCUGGCUGUGUCAGACUGUCUGGUUGGAGUCUAUGUGAUCCCUACAGCAUUAAUUUGGAUGAUUGAAUCAUGUUGGAUUUUUACUGCAUUUUCCCGUGCAUGUUUUACAUUCAUGUCCUGUUUCCUCACAACCAUGUCAAUAUAUAUUGUUGCUCUCAUUGCUGUUGAUCGGUAUUUUGCUCUCUCUAAGCCUUUUCUGUACAACAAAACAGUCUCUCUACGCACAACACACAUUGUAGUCUUAUCUAACUGGUUUGUUUGGCUGUUUUAUAAUUUUGCAAUUUUGUACUUCAAUGGAGGUUUUGUAAGUCAUGUUUGUCUUGAAGACUACAUUUUCUUUUUGGACCAAGUGUGGUCUCUGCUUGAUCUUUUCUUGACUUUUGUUUUUCCACUUUCUGUAAUAAUCAUAUUCUAUGUUCAAGUGUUUUUUAUUGCCAAGAAACAUGCCACUGCUAUUAGAGAACUUAAUAGUCACACCAGGACCUCAAAGAACAUGUCAGACUCAAUGAAAUCUGAGAGAAAAGCAGCCAAAGUUCUUGGCAUUUUAGUGUCUGUGUUUGUGGCCUGUUUGCUUCCAUACUUUGUUUAUACUGUUUUGGGCAAUAUUGAAAAAGAUUCAUUUCUGAAAGUGUUGAUGUUGGUUUAUAUUAAUUCUGCCAUUAAUCCAGUGAUUUAUGCUUUGUUUUAUCCAUGGUUUAGGAGAGCUGUUAAAUUAAUUUUCACUCUUCAGAUUUUCAACACUGAUUCUGCAUUAAUAAAUGUUCUUUCAUGA